AUGAAUCGAUCUAGAAUAAUAAGAAAUAACACAGUUAUGAUGCUUUUCCUUGCCUUUAUUCUUCUUAUUUCCUCAACUGUUGCAUCUCCUGCUGGUGAAGGUGCGCUAAUAGCAAACAAAACAAAAACCCCUGGAACAUUACAAAGUUCAACGGCAAGCAAUGAGAAUUCACCUAGCGGUACGAACUUGUUUAAUUCACCUAAUAAGAAAAUAGCCACGGAAGUAACCCCCAAAGCUUCAAAAAUAAAUACCCCAAUAACUACUCAUAUUGCUAAUUCUUCGUUACCAGUUAAUAAUAACUCACCGGUGAAUGCUAAUAAUCCGGUAACUUCCGAUGCUAAAGCAGCUGCCGCUCCACUCGUUACUGAUAAUUCCGCUCCUUCACCUGCUAAAGCUCCUACGUCUAAUACUUCCCCUACAUCUGUGCCCGAUAAACCUGCGUCCAAACCUGUGUCCGAUGCAUCCCCUCCUGUGAAUAAUUCAUCCCCUGUGUCCGGUGCAUCCGGUACAUCCCCUAAAGCUGUGUCCGAUGUAUCCCCUACAUCCCCUGUGUCUGGUGCAUCCGGUACAUCUGGUACACCCCCUAAACCUGUGUCUGAUGCACCUGCGUCCGAUACAUCCCCUACAUCUAUACCCUCUGCACCUGUGAAUAAUUCAUCCCCUGUGUCCGGUGCAUCCGGUGCAUCCCCUGCACCUGUGAAUAAUUCAUCCCCUGUGUCCGGUGCAUCCGGUGCAUCCCCUGCACCU